AUGGGAAAAAAGAAAGACUUCCGACCAAAGAAAGCAGCAAAGACCUCUCGCAUGUACCCAACGCUGCAUGAGAACGUUGCAAACUCUGUGCUCGAAUACAUCGGCACAAUACGGUUCCACCACGAGGACAGCGAUGAAGAUUGCACGAGAAGAUGUAACACUUUCGUCAGGGGCGAAUUCAAAUGCUACAACCCCAAAUGCCACGGAAGCUUUUGGACUAGUGGGAAAGUCGCCAUAUCAAUUAGGAGAUAUUUGGGACAUGAUUACAAUGCUGUCGUCUUUGGCCAACGCUGUAAAGGUUGCAACCAGUUAGGCGAAUUCAAGCUUGAUGAGGAGACAUACAUCGAUCGAGUCUCGUACAGGCUUAAAAAAUGGGCGGGUGUUCAGAUGGAGCUACCACCUUUUACUGUGAGAAGCACGCCACCUCACAAAACACACUUGUGUGAAGGUUGUAAGCGUGGCAUCUGCAUGAAAGCAUAUUAG